CACCAACCCUACCAAAUAUCCAUUACACCCACAUCAAUCUCAAGCUUUUCAUCAUCAUCUGGUGUUUAUUAUUGGAUUCUCAUCGUUAAUCCAUUGGUCUGAAUGGCAUAUUGAAGGGUGAUUAAGAGAGCCUCCUUACAUACUCCUAAACAUGACUUCAUCUGGUAAGAGAAGCACAAGGCGAGGAUCAUCAUCAGCUUCCAAGAAACCGGUUCUCCAACCCCAGGAUAGUGGAAGCAGUAGCCUAAAUGAGAACCCCUCCCCUAAACCCGGUUCACCUCUCCCUGAACCGGUUUCUUCGAACACCGAGAGAACCGUCAAGACGCUACGGUUAUCCAAAGCCAUCACCAUCCCCGAGGGAACCACUGUCUUCGACGCUUGUCGAAGAAUGGCUCGUAAAAAGGUUGACGCGGUUCUUCUAACAGACUCAAGCGCUCUUCUUUCAGGCAUUGUCACCGACAAGGACAUAGCGACAAGAGUGAUCGCAGAAGGGCUAAGACCAGAACACACUCUUGUCUCCAAAGUCAUGACAAGAAACCCUAUCUUCGUCACAUCGGAAUCUCUCGCCAUCGAGGCUCUUGAGAAGAUGGUUCAAGGGAAGUUCAGACACUUACCAGUCGUAGAGAACGGCGAAGUUAUCGCUCUUUUAGACAUAACAAAAUGUCUCUACGAUGCCAUCUCACGCAUGGAGAAAGCAGCUGAGCAAGGAAGUGUUUUAGCUGCUGCUGCUGUGGAAGACAUUGAACGUCAAUGGGGAAGUGACAACACCUCAGCUCCAUAUCCUUUCGUUGAAACGUUAAGAGACCGUAUGUUCAAGCCUGCCUUGUCCACAAUCAUUACAGAACACUCAAAAGUUGCAAUCGCGUCUCCCUCAGAUCCCGUCUUCGUUGCGUCCAAAAAAAUGCGUGAUCUACGUGUUAACUCCGUGAUCAUAACCGUUGGAAACAAAGUCCAAGGCAUUCUAACGUCAAAGGACAUAUUAAUGAGAGUCGUGGCUAAGAAUCUCUCCCCUGAGCUGACUCUCGUUGAGAAAGUAAUGACACCAAACCCUGAAACUGCAUGCAUGGAGACAACAAUAGUCGAUGCGUUGCAUGUCAUGCAUGACGGCAAAUUUCUACACCUUCCGGUUUUAGACAAGGACGGGUACGUAGUAGCGUGUGUUGACGUGUUGCAAAUAACUCACGCGGCUAUCUCCACCGUCGAGAGCAGUCCAGGAGCUGUUAGCGACAUGGCGAACACCAUGAUGCAAAAGUUUUGGGACUCGGCUCUAAGUUUAGACCCGCACCCACCUGAGGAUUACGAGACACACAGCGAUUUGUCGUCUACGAUGUUGUUGAACUCGGAGGGAGGAGGAGGAGUAGACUCCGGGAAGCUGCAGUCUUGUGGGAGUGUGAGUUUGUUUGCUUUUAAGUUCGAAGAUCGUAAAGGGAGAGUGCAUAGGUUUGAGUCGACGGGGGAGAGUUUUGAGGAGGUGAUGAGUGGUGUGGUGCAAAGAUGUGAUGAUGGUGAUGUAGGGGUUCAGAUAAUGUACGAGGAUGAUGAAGGUGACAAGGUUUUGAUUAGUAGGGACAGUGAUGUUGUUGCUGCUGUUGCUUUUGCUAGGUCUUUGGGACAUAAGGUUUUGAGACUGCAUGUGGAUUUUACUGAGGUGGUGAGUGUUGAGAGAAGUGGAGAUUUGUCUGAGGGGAGUUGUGGUGAUGGUUGCGGUUGGGUUUGGUGGCAGGCUGGUGUUGUGGCUGGGGCUGUUGUCUUGACGAGCUUAGGUUUUCUUGUUUACCUGAAGCGUUCCAAGAAAUGA